GUACCGGCGCGACUGGCGGCUGCGCGCGGUGCCAGCCGGCCGGCGCGCCGUCUUACAUUUCAGUGAGCCGAGCGGCGGCGCGGCGGCAGCGGCGCGCGGUGCGCUCCGCUGGCGCCCAGAGGCCGCCAUGGCGAGCGCCCGGUGACCGCUGGCCGGCGCGGCGCUGCGUGACCUGACCUGACCUGACCUGAGCUCGGGUGGCGAGAGGAGAGAGUGCACAGACCGCCGGCGCCGGCCGCCGGCUCUACAGGAACUGGUCACAGUGGGAGCGCAGUGACUAGUGAGAAAAGUGAAACGGGAGCCGGACCCAGGAGGGUCACGCGGCUGUCACCAUGGGUGUCUCCGAGGGCCAGAUCAACAACAUCAUGGGUGGGAUGGAGACGACCGCUGGGGUGCGGCUGCACAACCACCGGCACAAACUCAAACAGAGGUUUGAUAUAGUGAAGAAGCUGGGCCAGGGCACUUAUGGAAAAGUACAACUGGCUAUCAACAAGGAAACAGGCCAAGAGGUGGCCAUCAAAACGAUCAAGAAGGCGAAGAUCGAGACCGAACAGGACCUGGUGCGGAUCCGUCGAGAGAUCCAGAUCAUGUCCUCAGUCACGCACCCGCACAUCAUCCACAUAUUCGAGGUGUUUGAGAACCGCGAGAAGAUGGUUCUGGUGAUGGAGUACGCCGCCGGCGGUGAAUUGUACGACUACCUCAGCGAGCGCAAGGUGCUCAGUGAAAACGAGGCGCGCCGCGUCUUCAGACAGGUGGCCACCGCCUGCUUCUACUGCCAUAAGCACAAAAUCUGUCACCGGGACCUGAAACUGGAAAACAUCCUGCUCGACGAGUACGGCAACGCCAAGAUCGCCGACUUCGGCCUGAGUAACGUGUUCGACGAGCGGCGCCAGCUGGCCACCUUCUGCGGCUCGCCGCUGUACGCCUCUCCAGAGAUCGUGCGCGGCACGCCCUACGUGGGCCCAGAGGUGGACUGCUGGUCCCUCGGCGUCCUCCUCUACACGCUCGUCUACGGAGCCAUGCCCUUUGACGGAUCCAACUUCAAGAAACUGGUCAAACAGAUCACCACUGGGGACUACUAUGAGCCAAAGAAGCGGUCGCCGGCCUCUGAGCUGAUCGGAGGCCUGCUGACCGUGAACGCCGAGCGUCGCACCACGAUCGAGAACAUCUGCAGCCACUGGUGGGUGAACAAGGGCAGUGAGUCGUGCUGUCUGCGCGUGGCCGAGGAGCUGGCCAGUCGGACGCCGGUGCGGCUGGACCUGCUGCUCUCGCUGGCGCCGCAGAGUCGUGACAAGGAGCACAUGCUGACGCCUGGCGACGAGGAGAUGGCUGAGCCGCCUCCGACGCGCACUCCCAGCCGGACGCCGUCCAAGGGCUCUCGGACGGACGCGGACGUGUUCGCGGCGUCCCGCUCUCGCUCCCUGGGCAGUCUGAUGGAGGUGGAACCGGCCGGCGCGCAGGCCAUGAGCCCGCCGCGGCCGCCACCGCCCGCCGAGCCGGCUGCCAAGCGCGCCAUCGAUGAGGACGGAUACGCGGAGCCGGCGACCACCAAGAAAAAGGACGCCGACCGCGAGGAGCGGCGGGCAAGGAAGAAGGACGGGGAGAGGACGCUCAAGAGGAAGAAGAAGCGGGCGGAGUCGGCGGCGCGGGAGACGCCUGCCCCUGAGGAGCCGGCGCCCGCUCCCCCGGCAACUGCCGAGCGGGAGAGCCGAGUGCCGGCGGUCGAUGAUAGAGUGAUGGAGUCGGCGGCGGUGACCAAGCCGGCGGCGCGAGGACUGACCCCAGAAUCGGCCCGCGGCGGUGCAGCAGCGCCAGGUGCCUCCCCGACCAGGAGUCGAUCACCAGCCGCGGACAGGCGCAAGUCGCCCUCCACGGGGAAAGCUGCUACUAAGGGUCGGUCCCCGGCGCUGUCUCCUGAGCCACCGGCGGCAGCGGCAUCCCCGGCAGCGCCACGGUCCCUUGCGGCCACACCGGCUGCGCCACGGUCCCCCGCUGCUACUCCAGCCGCGCCCCGAUCACCAGUGGCCACACCAGCGCCUCGCUCACCAGCGGUCACUCCGGCAGCACCCCGGUCACCGGCGGUCACUCCGGUAGCACCCCGGUCACCAGCGCUGACCCCCAAAGCGGCCCGGUCACCCGAGCCGUCACCCAAACCUCAGCUCGCACCUCCUGUCUCCGAACCUCAUCACCCCGCAUCACCAUCGCUAUCACCAUCUCAUCCCACGGCGGCGGCGGCCCCCAAGGUACCAGCGGCGGCGGCUUCCCUCAGUCCGGCCUCUGCUCGGUCCCCGGAGCCGGAGCCCCGGCAGCCCCGGAGUCCAAAACUCGCAAGGCCUCCGGACCGGCCGGCGGUAGCGGUGUCAAGGUCACCGGAGCCCACUCCGCCGCCUGUCCGGCCCCCGGAGGAGCCGAAAUCAGCGCCUGCUCGGUCAACGGUGCCGCCGCCGGCCACCGUACCGGCACCUUCGCCGGCGCCCGCGUCAGCUCCAUCCCCAGCUCCUGCGCCGCAAGUCGCUGCGUCGCCAGCUGUAGCGACGGCCAAGCCCGCCACCACCAGUAAGGAGUCAGCUCCGAGCUUGGCAACGGAGCCAGUAUCAGCAGCGGUAACAACGGCAACGUCAACAACACCAGCACCAGCAACGACAACGUCAACGGCGGCAACGACAGCAGCAGCGACCACGACGACACCGGCUGCGACCGCGACUGCCGGAGCGAAACCAGCCCCGACGCCUGUGUCGCCGCCUCCCGAAGUGCUCGUACAAAAAGCAUCCGGCGAGUCGGUAGUGGCGGUCGCUGAGAAGGAAGAGGCAGCAGCGGCGCCGGCUGAUGACGCGUCCUCGACCGAUGUCCAGAUGCUGGACGCGCCUCAGGAGGAGCUGGAGGCUCACCGCGAGUCCGGAGACAGCGGCAGCAGCAAAGCAUCUCAGAAUGGCGACGGCGUCGGACGGCGCAACUCCAAGAUCUACAAGGCAGCCGCCAUGUGGGACAGUAUGAUCGCGCCGCCGGAGCCGACCAAGACGCUCGAGCGGCCCAAGAAGGUCAUCAGGGACUCGCUGAAGCUGGAGCCCAAGCCCAAGCCGGAGCCCAAGCCGGAGGAGAAAAAGAAGCCGGUGCUGGGCCUCUUCAGCGGCAUCAAGGUGAUGGAUGCCAAGAAGGCUUUUGAGUCGAAGCCAAAGGAAGUGCUGAAGCCUGUGCCUCUGAGGAAGAAGGGUACACAGGCGAAAAGUGUGAUAUUGCAAGAUGCGGGUGGUCCGAUUCCUCUGAAGGAUAUGACGGGACGUGUGUAUUCGUCAAAAAGUUCGGGUCCGGUGCUGAAAGAGCCUGUAGGUAAGACGAAGAAAACAAAAACGAAAGAGAAUGGUGUUUCAUCUGGGAAAACUGAGUCAAAGGAAAGUAGUGAAAAGUCCCAAGAGAACGAAAAGGAAUCUGAAACGAAGGAUAAAUCGUUAGAAAAGAAGGAUAACUCUCCGGAGAAAAAGGCGAAGUCUCCAGUGAAAAACAAGGAAAAGGCGGAUGAAGAGACUGCGAGUCCUGACAAACCUGCCGAAAGUGUGCCGUCAGCAUCUGACGCAAAGACCGCUUCUCCUGCGACUCCAGUGAAGAAGGUGGUCAAAAAGAAGAAGAAGGAGCGUCCAGCCUCAGUGCCGUGUACGAGCAGCAGUGAGCUGACGGCGUGCCCGGCGCCCCAGCCGUGUCCAGAGCCCCACAGCGCCUCCACGGCCACCGCUCAGGUAGCCGCUCAGAUCGACGAGAUGGUCACCGCCAUCCGAGAGGUCGGCGAGGCCAUCUCACAGGAGGAGAACGAAAUCAAGAAGAACGAGCAGGACAUCGCCAAGAAGGUGACCGAUUCUGCGGCUGACCAGAGGCAGGGAGAGUCACAAAGGCCGAGGGUUUCGUCCGAAAGUGAGAAGCGAUUACCGGAACCAUCGGCGGCUUUGGCUAAACAGGCACAGCCGACCGUAGCUAGGAAUAAUACGAUUCUGACUAGCUCACCGGAAACCAGACAUCUUAGCACUGCAACGCAAGAAACUCCGGUAGAGCAAAAGGCACCCGAACGUAGAACAUCGGAGGUUAGUAGUGUAAAGCAACAGCCAGCCAAGGCCGAGGUCACUGAAACGUCUAGGCAGUCAGCAGCCGACGCGCGACAGGAGACCACUACUAAACAGCGUCCGUUGAGCCCGGAGCAGGUACCUGGACCGCAGCCCUCGCCGAAACCCAAGCCAGACAAGCCUCGACUCGUUAUUCCUGAGCGGGGAGCUGCGGCUGGGUCGGAGCCGUCCCCUGCCGCCGGCCCGCAGACGGCGCCGGCGGGACCCGCGCGGCCGGCCCCUCUGACUCCGCGCCAGAGCGAGUCGCAGGACACACUCAGCAAGAUCUUCCGGCACGCCGAGACCAAAGACUCUCUGGGUACCGAGAACCGGUUCAUCCGCGACGUGGCGGCGCGGCGGCGCUCGGACGCCGACCAGCGCACCAAGUACGCCACGCUGCCGGCCAAAAAGAAGUCGGAGCUGCGCGUGGUGCUAGGCCAGGAGCCGCGGCCGGCCGAGGGCGCCGCCCCGGCCACCGCCCCGCCCGGCCGGCGGCCGUCCGACGUGCGCUCCGAGCUGGAGGCGCCCGUCAACUCCCCGUCCAGCACACAGCGCACCGAGGUGACGUUCCCCGUGGCGGCUCCGGAUCGGGCGCACAGCCUGCCGCCGCAGCAGCGCGCCGCCAGCCGCGAACACAUCAUCCGCAUCUGCAUGGACGGCGGCGAGCAGCCGGCACCGGCGGCGGCGGGUCGCGCGCCCGCCGAGUCGCCGGCGCCGCGGCCGGCGCCCGUGCGGCACGCCCCCUCCGCGCAGUCGCUGCCGGAGCGGGCGCGGCCGCCCAGUGACGAGGAGAUGCGGCAGGCGGUGCUGCGCUCUCUGCCGCGCGCCCGCUCCCAGCUCUCCUCGCCGGCGACGGUGGGCGUCUCCUCGCCGCCGCCCUCAGGAGUCACCUCUCCACCGCCGCCACCCUCCGAGCCGAUCCGCAAGUCGCGCCGCGAGUUCAUCAUUCCGAUCGCGCUGGAGGGCGGCGGCACGGUGACGCCGCCGGUGCGCGCGGCCUCGGAGGAGGCGGAGCGCGCCCAGGGCGGUGGUCUGUUCCGCUCGCAGCGGCUCUCCGGCUCCGGACAGCGGCGCAUGGGCCUGGCGCCGCGUCCUCGCUCCGGUCUGGAGCGCUCGGAGAGUUUCAGCUCGGCUGGCGAGGAUGAGGAGGAGGACGAGGAUCAGUUCGAGAUCCUCACCGCCGAGUCGCUCUUCACCACUCUGCUGGACCGCGUGCGGAACCUGACCCGGCGCGUCAGCACAGAGGACUCCCCGCUCAAGCGGACGAUGAUGCUGGCGAACCAGCCGCCCGGCUCGGCGCAGCAGUACCAGCAGCAGCAGCAGCAGCAGCAGCAGCAGCAGCAGCCGGGCGGUAUGUGGGGGAUGCCCAGUCCGAUGCGGUCGCUGUUCGACCAGCCGCUGGGCUUCCCACACACCUCGCUCUUCGAUCAGCCGCCCGCCUUCUCCAGGCAGUCAUCUAGCGGCUCACAGGGAGACGGUUCGGCCCAGUCGGGUCAGCAGUCCGGCCAGCCGUCCUGGCGGCGCACCAAGUCCCGCGAGGACGCCUUCUCCACCCUCCCCAAAAAUUUCCGGCGGCGCGGCCAGUGUUUCGAGACGGACGACGAUCCGGCCAGCUACACGCGCAGCCUGCCGCGGCGCUACACGGCGCGGGCGCCCUCCAAGGACCUGCCCAUCAUCGACGACGACGAGCCGGCGGAUCAGCCGCGGCCCGGCCCGCAGCCGUUCGUCCGCCCGCAGCAGCAGCAGCCACAGCAGCAGCCGCAGGCGCCGUCCCCGUCCCCCAUGUCACCGGAGCCGCAGCUGGCCAGGCCGCGCAAGUUCCUGGCCUACAAGAAGUCGUCGACGGCGGACUCGCCGCUGGGCGGACCGGAUCCCGGCUCCAGCGCCGAGCGGGCCGGGUCGGCGCGCGACUUCAUCAGUCGGUUCCUGCGCCAGGACCCGGCGCUGAGUCGGGCGGCACCGGCACCGGCGCCCGCCGCGCCGCCGGAGCCGGCUCCUGCCCAGGCGCCGGCCUAUCGGGUCUACACCCGCACCUCGAGCCGGGAGUAUCCUCCGGCCGAACAGACGGCGGCCGCGGCGGGGGCGGGGGCGGCCGCGGAGCCGCCCAAGGUGGCGUGGCGGCCGCGCAGUCUGCACAGCUCGUUCCGGCCGCCGGGGGAAGCUAACGGGCGGGAUGGCGGGCGAUCAGCAGCAGGCCAGCAGCAGGAGCCGGCGGCCGGGCCAGCGCGCCGCCGCUCCCUGAUCGACGCUCCCUCCGGUGGUAGUGACGACGAGCAGGAGACGCCGCAGCGGCCGGCCGCACGACCGCGCACCACGGCCGACGACGUGCGCCGCUCGCUGGGCCGCGCGCUCAGUCUCCGGCUGGGGGACGGCCGCCGUGAGACCGUCGCUGCGCCACGGGCACGCAGCCAGAGCCGUGGCGGGAGCCGGUCACCGGAGCGGUCGGUGGGCGCUGGCGCCACCCUGGAACCUCCAAACGGCGAGGACAGCGACCGCACGCCGGUGCCCAGCCCGGAGACUCGCCGGCUGGCCGACCGGUCCUGGCGCACGGCCAGGGGCGACGCGGCUCGACCCGCCAGCGCCGGAUACUACGCCGACUCGGGUGAGGACCGGUACUCGCGGCCCCGCGAGCCGUUCAGUCCGCGGUCCGAGUACCGGUCUCAGUACCUCUCCGGCCCACCGGAGGACUACCGCUCCAGCUCGCGGCCCCGCAGUCCACUGGAGGAUUACCGCUCCAGUCCGCGGCCCCGCAGUCCGCGGGAGGACCUGAGACUCAGUGUGGACCCGUACGGCCGUGACCGGAGCGGAGAGUACCGCCCGGCCGCCAGCCCGGGGACACUCAGUCCCACGGAGAGUCUGUACACACCGGACACGUACCGCUUCAGUACGCCAUUCACACGCAGCUCCGAGCGCAGCGUGCAGAACGUGCUCAAAGACAUCAGGCAGAAGCGGGAGAGCCUGGUGUCGCCGCCGCCGGUGCCUGAAGCAGAGCCUGAGGUGGAGGCGGAGCUGGGCGGUAUAGUCGGCUCGCCGACCCCGAACCCUGCGGUAGCCGAGGAGUCGGAAGAGACGUGGCAGGAUGCACAGGGCACGGCUGCGGCUGCCGACCCGCGACCGGCUCCUGAUGUUCCUAAGAAGGCAGACAAGCCGUUAGAGAGGAGCGUCUUUGACGAGCUAUCGCGGAAGACGGCAAAACUGCUCAGCCGCGGUAAGGACGAUGAGGCGAAGACCGGGGGCGGCGAGAAGCGGCCGGAUGCGGAUGAAACCAAAGAGAAGAAGUCUUCUCUCACUCAGAAGCUAAGUCGGAUACCAAGCCUUAUCCGGCGAGUCGGAAGUCGCUCAGAGGUGAAGGCGGAGGAUGAGAACAGCGCAGACAAGCGGCGGGACGGUGCUACGCAGCCCAGUAGCGGGAUCGAAAACCAGCCGCCGACUCCCAUCAACCCGGACCUGCUACGUGACGCGUUCGAGCGGUACCCGGACUCUGAGAAGGCGCCGCCGGCCAGCGCGCCCGUGGCCCGGCCUGGCUCUCCGCGGCAGUCGCUCGGUGAGCAGGAGGAUCGUCACGGCGGGGUGCGCUCGGCCGCCAACCGACUGCAGCAGGCCGAGCCUGAGCCGCGGUCGGACCGACACCGGUCCGCCGCCGCCGCGCCGGCCGUGGUGGUCAACGACGAGCCUCCUGUGCAGAACGGUCCCGUGUCGAACGGAGCCGCCGAGCAGACGCCGAACGGUCGCCCGGAGAACGGCGGCGAUCCGGAGCGUCGGUGGCGGCGGCACGGCCGGCGACCCAGCGCCGACACCGACCCGGCCUCGGAGAACACCGACACCUCGGAGCUCAACACCGUCGACGACGAGGAGGACUCGGUCAGCGACAGAAUCCUGCGGAAAAGCUACUUCUCCCGCUUCAACGACCGGCGACGGGACCGCUCGGCCAGCCGGGAGAUGCUCAGUCUCAUCUAUGACGAGCCGUCGACGGAGCCGCGCCGCGCCGGCCGCUCGAGCUCGCUGCGCUCAGGUGAGCCGCGGAUGCGUUCGCACAGCCGUGACCCGUCCGAGGCGGCGGACGGCGGCGGCUGGAUCAGCAGCACCCUGCCGCGCCGCCGAAAACUGGGUAGCGCCGGCUGCGUGCCGCCCGCCGACGAGCCCGACCCCAGCGACUCACGCGAGGCGCUCUCCUCGAGUAACGUCAGCCUGCGCUCGUCGCGCGAGUCUCUGCCGUCCGACUCGGCCGAGCCGCGGCCGUCCCGACUCUCCAGUAUCGAGGAGGGCCGCCGUCGACCGGCCCUGGACUCCCCCGAGCCGCGCCGGACCGGCCGCGGCGCCGGCGACGCGCCCUACUUCCGCGCGUCGGCGGCGACGCCGUCGAGCAACGCCGAGUACUACCGUCGUCACACGGCCGCGCUGGGGCCGGCCAUCGCCUCCUCGUCUCGGCUCAGCUCGAUCGGCGACCAGCUGAAGCGCGACCUCGACUCGGUCACCAGCAACAUCGAGAGUCUGAAGGAGGCGCGCAAAUCGCGCUCGGCCGGCGCCGCCAGUCAGCCGCAGCUGCGCAGAUAUUCGAGAUACGGCUCGGGCGGUGGCGGCGUCGGCGGCGGCGGCAUCUCAUCGUUCAGCUCCUCGUCGUGGCGCCGCCUGUGAGUCCAGCGCUCCUCAGCGCCUGUUAGUCUGGCGACUGAGUCCUGCGCUCCUCAGCGCCUGUUAGUUCGGCGACUGAGUCCGGCGCCCAGCGCCCGCUGUCUGUGAGUCCGGGCGACUGAGUCCGGUGCCGCCUGCGAGUCCGGGCGACAGUGUCCGGCAGGGCGCUCGGCGCCUGUGUUCGGUGCCGCCUUCGGGCGCCUGAGCUCGGCGCUCGCCGCCGCACGUUCAUGUGAUACCCUCGGCCAAAGUGGGAGUUGACGCUCAGAAUCACACCGAUAUUGGUGUAGGGUCGCGCGGCCGCGCGGAUCCCGCGGCGCGUGGAUUCCUGAGCGCAGAUCAGACCGUGCCAUUUGUCGGCAUGGUUUGGGCAGAUGUCGGACUGAAUCUGGGCACCGGGGCGGUGGGAGUGUCUCUGUGAUGUGCGUGGUGCCGGGUCCCGACGGCGGACAGGGCGGCCGACAAUCAUAACGGCUGCGUCUCCGCCCAGCGCGCACCGACACAUUUUUAUACGUGUGUUGAUAUACCUGUGUGAAAUAUCGCUAUUACCCGUUGUUUUGCAAUAAAACUUGUUCUGGUUAUGACCAAAGCGGUGUUAUGGCGUGUGCUGCUGAUGCGAGGUAUGACUGAUUAUGUGAAAUAAAUUAUUUAACAUAUCAA